AUGGGCGGAACUACUAAACGUAUUACUUUGUCUCAUAUUCAAGAAGCAAUUUUUGAUUACACUGACAUUGUAAUAAAUUGUUCUGGGCUUGGUUCGAAGACCUUAGGAGGUGUUCAAGAUCAAGACGUUUAUCCAGCAAGUGGGCAAACAGUAUUGGCACAAUUGCCUAUUGGUCACGUAAAUUGGACAUUUAUACGAUUUGGAGUCAAUAGUAUAAACAGAAAGGGUGAAACAUUUAAUUAUGUAAUACCACGGGAUAAUGGUGAAGUGAUAAUUGGCGGAACUUAUGAUUUACACAACUAUUCGACAAUUCCCGAUGCAAAGAUUGCUGAUGCGAUUAUCGCACGAUGCCUUUCUACGCGUCCAGAUCUAUUACCUAAAGGUGAGACCAAGCUUAAAAUUAAAAGACAUGGCGUUUGUUUGCGACCUGUUCGAAAAAAUGGAAUCAGAAUCGAGACAGAAUGGAUAUUAUCUGAAAAAACAGGAAAAAAAAUUUUACUCUGUCAUAAUUAUGGCCAUGGAGGAUACGGAUGGCAAUCAAGUUAUGGUGCAUCAAUGCAUGUAAUUCAAACUUUGAAACAAAGUCUUAAAGAAGGUCAAGGACAGAAUAGGAAUAUAAGAGCAAAAAUCUAA